GUGCAGGGGCAAAGAAUGGAUGGAGCAGAGGGGCGGGCCCUCCUUGCGACCCUCUCUUCCUGGGGACUCUCUGGCCCCUUUCCAGUCGCCCUGCGGACCAGCAUAGCAGAGGGACGAGACCCCGGCCGAGAGGUGGGCUGGACAAUGAGCCCGCGGCCGCUGGACGGAUGUCGGCCGCUGGAAGCGCAGGCCGGGCUGUCAGGGAACCCCUGCCGCUCCUGCACCGCCGCUCGCCUUGGGCGUACUUUGCCUUCGGUCCCUGGGGCGGCGCUGGCCACGCCCCUGGGGAGGAGCCGGGCCGGGGGCAAGGCGGCGGGCUGGCUCCUCAGCAGUCCGCGGCUGCGGCGGCGGCGGCGGCGGCGGCGGCGGCGACGGCGACAUGGAGAGCGGGGCCUACGGCGCGGCCAAGGCGGGCGGCUCCUUCGACCUGCGGCGCUUCCUGACGCAGCCGCAGGUGGUGGUGCGCGCCGUGUGCUUGGUCUUCGCCUUGAUCGUGUUCUCAUGCAUCUUCGAUCAGCAACGCCACUGACCGCAAGUACCUGGUCAUCAGCGACCUGCUCUUCUCAGCUCUCUGGACCUUCCUGUGGUUUGUUGGCUUCUGCUUCCUUGCCAAUCAAUGGGCAGCCACUGAGCCGGAAUAUGUGCUGGUGGGAGCCGACUCAGCCCGGGCGGCCAUCACCUUCAGCUUCUUUUCUGUCUUCUCCUGGGGCGUGCUGGCCUCCUUGGCCUACCAGCGCUACAAGGCCGGAGUGGACGACUUCAUCCAGAACUAUGUGGACCCCGCUCUGGACCCCAGCACGGCCUACGCCUCCUACCCAGGCGCGCCUGCGGACAGCUACCAGCAGCCGCCCUUCACCCAGAGCGCCGAGACCACAGAGGGCUACCAGCCGCCCCCCGUGUACUGAGCUGCAGCCGGGGUUGGUAAGGGGAGGAGGGAGGGCGCCUGGGGGGCCUCCCCUCUUCCCGGACUCCUCCCCCGAGGCUGGUCUCCCAGAGCUGCCGGCCCCUCUCGAUCCACCUGGCGCCUGUCCGAGCUGACACACCGCCUGGAGAGAGAGCCCCUGCCUCCUCGUCCUGGCUGCUGGCCUCAGAGCCUCGGCCUGUGCCCCACGGGGCUUCACCCACCACUCCUCGAGGGCAUUUUUUUAGGGAAGGGUUUUUGCUUAGACAGGUUUUGUCAUUGCUUUUAAUGAUCCCCAGCCCCGCCUGGAGUAGCUCCAAGGGUCCGACGUGCUGGUUUGACACGUGCCUUAGCUUCUCCCCAGCCUGAAGGAGCCGGGCCGCGUGCAGGCCUCAGUGGCCGCCGCCAUCUGGGGGUCUCUGCCAAAGAUGAGGCUGUGGGGCCUUCCCCCUGCUCUGCUGCUGGCGCUGGGCUGGGGCUCCUUUCCUCCUCACUCAGGUUCAUUCUGCCCCCAGCCCCCUGCCCUCUGCCUGCUCUGCGAGCGGCAGCCCAUGCUCACUGCUGAAGUGUCUGCUUGCUUGGAUCUGGGCUCACGACUCUGUGCCAGUGCCUCUGGGUCACCUUCCUGACAGCCUAGGGGCAGGGCUGGUGCCGCGCCCCCGCCCCCGCCCCCGCCCCCGCCCCCGCCCCCCCCCCCCAAGCAGCACUGUCUCUGCUCCCACCCCUUGGCCGCAGGAAGGGGCUUUGCCUGAUGACAACACCCAGCUUUAUGUAAAUACCCCACCACUGUUAGCUGGGAGGUAUGGGGCACACCCACAGCCCACAGGCUGCUCUGAAUGUAUUGCAGAGCCUUGGGGGAAGACGCACUGCACCCUUGGAUUCUGUUAGACUAAUUUUGGAGAUGGAAUAAAUGUUUUUCUCAUUCAUAA